UCUCACAUGUAAUAGUUUUGACGGGUUGAUGUCGACGCAACUACUUACUUAGCCGAGUUCUGGAGCGCGAGCCUCGGCCUCGUCUCCAUCUGCCAUGGUCUGGAGAGGAGAGGAGGGCAACCGGACAGUUUGCCUGGCGCGCUCUAUACUACUUGCCUGGAGAUACGCUUUACUGGACUCCUCUUUCGUAAUUUAGGGUGGAUUUGUUGAAAAAUAUGCCCGCAUCCACAAUUUCCAGCACGUGUAUGGACAUCUCCCGAAAGCAUUGUCCUCGUAAUACCCGUACCGACGGUGGUGAUAGCUGUUGACUUGGACUUGGAGGCCACAGUCAGCCCUAAAUCGUUGUCCCAGUGCUGUUGAAGACGCGGAGUUUGCUAUCGCUAGGAGCGGUUCACACCCUUGUUUCUUGCGACCGAGCAUUCUCGUCUGGAAACAGGACAUUCACAUAGAGAACAGCGUCAACGAUGCAUUUCUCAAUUCCCGACACGACCGAGGUGAAGGAUGGCAAGAACACGUACACGAAUUUCAACUUGCACGUUAACGGCGUGUUCUUCUGCGGACUGCGCUACAGCCAGCUGCACGACUUUCACGAACAGUUGAGGAAGGAGGAAUUUGAUUUGAGUGGGUUGACUGCCUUCCCCAGUAAGAAACAGACGAUCUUGUCGCUGACAGCGUACGAGGUGGAUGAGCGGCGUGAAGAGCUAGAGGGGUACAUGCAGUCCCUUAGCCAGCACCCGCACGUGUCCAAGAGUGAUCUGCUGAAUAACUUCUUGCUCUGCAGUCAGCAGGAUGCUUAUCGGGUGGAGAACACGGCGGUAGAACUGGACAUUUAUCUUAGCAAUGGCAGAAAGGUAACGGUGGAUGUCAUGCAACUGGAGCGAGCUGAUGCCGUGCUCGAGGCGGUGGCACGCAAGAUAGAGCUGCCGGAGAAGCUGACCUACUACUUCGGCCUAUUUGUGGUGCUGGUUGAGCAGGACGACACUCAGCUGGUGAUGCGACGACUUCAAGACUUUGAGGCGCCGUACGUGUCUCUGAAGUACGCAUGUCAGCUCGCUGACGUGGGAAAGAUCAACGCCAAUUAUCGCAUCAUCAUCCGCAAGUGGUACUGGGACCCGGUUUACGAUGCGGAUCUACUGGACGACAAGGUUGGCUGCAACUUGCUGUUUGUACAAACUGUUGCCGACCUGGAGAACGGCUGGAUCAUGGCACCAAAAGCAACAGCCCGCCAGCUAAAACAGAUCCAGAGCAAAGGAGAUCGCAAGAAGUAUGUUGAACAAGCCAAGACCCUGCACCAUUACGGUCACAUCCAGUUUCUGCCGGUACUGACCGACUUUCCGAAGAGCAACACUCGCGCCACGAUAAGCAUUGGGCCGCGUGAGCUGUGCAUGCAGAUCAUGACGGACAACGGGCAGAGCAAGGAAGUGGCGUUCAAAGUAACUCGUAUGCGUUGCUGGAAGAUCACCCUGCUCGAACAGGAGAGUUCCGCACUGCUGGCCAAAGAGGCCAAGCUUGAGCUAGCCUUCGACUACCUGUUCACCAAGGACAAGCUGCAGUGGGUACGCCUUGUUGGACCGCAGGCCGUCUUCAUGAGCAGCUGCUUGGGUAGCAUUGUAGCAGAACUAAUCGCUAAAAGCUCCGGUGUGUCUAUCCCGACCCCGGCCGAGAAGCAUCGCAAACCGCUGGAAGCCUACAUAUUCAAGAGGAAUCUGGCUGGAUCUGGUUUAGAAUACAUCGCUCAGUGCAAGCGUCAGGUGGAGGAAGCCUUGACCAGGAAAGCUGAGACCAGCUCCGUCGACAGCACCGGCACUCCACCAGAGGUGCGUCGACCAAAGGCAGAGAAGCCGGAGAUGACGAAGAAACCGUCAAACAAAACGGAAGAUGAAGACGAAGGUGAAGGUGAAGUGUUUUCUAGCGAACCCAUGAGCCCUGCGUCAACGUCAUCAACCGUGACAUCACAGUCGGUCACCUCUUCGGAGAGCUCCUCCAGGCGACAGAGUGCCGGUGGUUCAACAUCGAAUGAGAUGCGCCGCAGCACGUCAUCCUACACUCAGCUUGGCCAGUCCAGUAUGAAGGAUCGUUUCAAGAAUUUCGUCGUUCAGGGCCUCACUUCGCAGCAGGGCGGUGUGUCGACUGUUGGAGCAGGUGGAGAUGAAGAGCAACGCGGUGGCGUCUUUGACACAAUUGACGAUGAAGAUCUAUAGGCUUCUUCUCAGGCCACUUCUCUAUCAGUUCCCAUUGCGUUAGUCGUGGCACUCGUUCCGCAAUGUGUCUCUGCCUUUGGUCAUUCCAUUUUUUUCCGUAUCGAUCAAGGACUCCGGACCAGUCAGAACCAUUCCUUCAGUGCGUGUUUGUUGUGCUUGUUCCCAUAAUCAGUGUGGAAUUAGAGCGUAGUUUGUGAACUCUUUUAUCUCAUACUUUCUUGAAUUCUUGCUUUCGUACAUUCGUGUUGCUUUUCCACCUGGCUACCUCACCGACGAAAUGCCCAGCACCUUGAGACUCUGUAUGAUGAUGUGCUGAUCAUGAUAAGAAGAGAGAGAGAGAGUUUCCUAUUACGAACUUAGCUGUGAUUCUGGUAUUCAGUUUUUGUGCCUACUGAUGCUGAAGCAGCCUUGGAAUGCAUGAUAUCGUUCUAAUAAUAUAUUUGUUUAAUUUUUCUUCUCAGUUUGUUGGUAGAGGUUUGCCUGGCUGGUACAGGUCUGAGCUUAGCUGCUUUUAGCCAUUUCCAUGCCAAGUUUAUGAACCGCCGUCACUUACCUACCAGAUCGUGCAGUGCAUGCACUUUUGGGCACCAUGGUAACUAUGCUAAGGACACAGUUCUUUCUUGCCGAUGAAGACAAGACUACUGUAAAGGCUAUAAUUAUUAUAAUUA